GAGAUUUCGUUCUUAUGCAUCGCGACGAUCGCAUGCACCAAGGGAAAUUGAAGUACGAGUUCCAAGGGCCAUUCGAAAUUAUGAAUAUCACACCAGAGGGCCGUUACGAAAUUAAGAGAGUUGGAAAAUCUUUGAUUACCAAAGCAGCAAAAGAACAAUUAAGAAUUUGGCCUAACGAUUGGUCAUUGUCAAUGGACAUGCCCGAAUUACUUGAAAUAAUGGAAGGUGAAUUAUGCGAUGGGAAACACUGAAGGCGAGCAACAUGAAGACUCGGAAAACCUAGAAGAUGAAGUGGAUUUUUAAGAAGAAAACAUCGAGAGCGAUGUUUUGAUUAAGAUUGGCCGUGUUAGAAAUUUUAAAUUUAAGAAUUUAAGAAAUCACCCCGCGCCCUCCUACCAAUUUUACGAGCCGCCUGUGAUCGAAUGAUUGGGAACCCUAUUCGACGUACGCC